GCGUAUUGAUUGCUGCAGAGUGGUCUAGUGUGAUAUGCUAGUCGGGAUCACUUGGUGGUCGUCGUGGUCGUAGUGCUCUCCGUCGUCGUUGUCGCCGUUUUCGUCGUCGUCUUCGUCGUGGCCGCCGCCGUCGUUGUCGUCGAUCGUCGUCGAGUACGAAAACGCGUUAACAUUCGUCCACGCGACCAGCGACGAGCAUCCGAGUUAAAUAAAUAAAUAAAUAAAUAAAGCAGGGUUGGAAAAGCGAGUGGAAGAAAUAAACGAUGGGAGGAGCAAUCAGCAUGAAUUAAGUGAAACUAUUAUAAAAAAAAGAUCGUCUCAAGAAAUAAAAACGUUUUGUACGGCUCAUACGACAAUGCCGCGAGAACCAAGUGAUGACUAUCGAAAAAUGAGAUUAAUACGAAUACGUGUGCUAUUUCGUUGAAUAUAAAAGAGAAAAGAAAAACAAGUGAACCCCAGCGUUUGAGAAAAGAACGAGAGAUACAUGACACAAAUAAAGAUUCCGCGAUAAGGGAGGCGAGUGAGGUAAGGCCACUGCUCUCGAGUCCCGAUCAGCACCCGAGAGGAAAGCCAAACUUAAUAGAAAACCGCACUCGCGUCUUCAUUGGACCGGGGGAAAAAACUUGGGAAAAAUUCAAACAAAAAUAAAAACAAUUGGGGAAAAAGAAAAACUCUCGUUGCGUUCGAAUCUAUCACCAGCUAUGUGUUUUCCGGUGGUCGAUGACGAUUCACGGUUCAAGGGUGAUGCGAUAAAAAAAAGGCAAAGAUUACGUUUGCAGUGUCUACCACGUUACUGACAACCCUGAUUCGGUGUCGAAAAAAGUUUAAUCGAAGAGUUCUCGAUGCUCCUUGGAAUUUGUGUAAUUGAAGAAAAAAAUAUGUAAAACAAAUGAUUAAACAUAGAGAGGAGAAAUACCAAAAAACAUUAUUAUUAAAAUCAUCAUUUUUAUCAUCGUCGUCGAUAAAACCAUCGUUUUCUUGGUGUGCUUCCCCACCUCGCAGUGUGGAACUUACGUUACUCGAGGAUGAAAUAUUUUGAAAGCGAAGCAGUCGAAAGAAAAGUGUUCUCGUUGAUCGGCUUUAAACGUUAAAUAUAAUACGAAAAAUAUAAUCUCGAGAAGAGACAAACCGUGAAAUAGAUCGAUGCGAGGUGCGGAUAAAUUUUUCGUGCGUUCCAAUGAAAAAUUCAGAUAUUUAGUUUUAUCGAUGAAAAUCAAUUAUUCGUAACAAAGAAGUGAAGAACAAGAGCAAAAGGGAAGUAAACACACACAUACACACACACACAUAAGUGAUAUUUAACCACCUUUAAAGUGAUAUUAAUGAAUAAGAAGGAUCAGGUGGUAUUUUCUGUUUCGUGAAAUAAGUGUACCGAGAUAAAUAAACAAGAAUAUCAAAUAUUUUUGAUUUUGUCGUCGCACGAAAGAAUCGUUUUUCCCAUUUUUCUUUCUUUCGUUCGUUAUAGUGGGAGGAGGGCCGGCGCGAGGGGAGAAUGUUGAGGUGGCGGUGAUUUUGGUACUUGUUUCGCGUACAAGUGUGCGUGCGUACGUGUCUGCGUGUGUGUUGUUUUGGCGUUCGUCGUAAUAAAGUUGUACCUUGGGUGCUCGCUGGCCGGGGAGCUGCCGCGAUCUUUUGUCGCGCGGUUCGCUCUCCCAUUGUUCAAUGAUGAAGCAUCCUCGCAUAAAAGGUGCAACGGGUUUGGCUGGUAUUAGGUAUAGGGGCCGGUGAAUGUACGAUACGGGAGGCAGAGAUCUGCCGGUAUGACGUACGACGAGACGACCGAGCAGACUCAGGAUGACGGCUGCCUCCACGAACGGAAAUGGUGGUGCUUCGUACUAUCGAGCAUUUUCACCUUCCUCUCUGGGCUGCUGAUCGUCUUGCUCUGGCGGGCGUUUGCCUUUCUCUGGUGUCGAAAGGAGCCUGAAUUCGCUCCAAAUGACCCCAAACAGAAGGAACAGAAGGCCGCCCGCCAGAGCAAGGAGUUCGAGGGGACCUUCAUGACCGAGGCCAAAGAUUGGGCUGGCGAGCUCAUUUCCGGUCAAACCACAACAGGACGUAUCCUUGUGGUAUUGGUCUUCAUCCUCAGUAUAGCAUCGCUUAUAAUAUAUUUCAUCGACGCCUCCAACAGCGAACAGGUCGAGCGCUGCCAGAAAUGGAGCAACAACAUUACUCAGCAGAUAGACUUAGCUUUCAAUAUAUUUUUUAUGGUCUACUUUUUUAUACGCUUUAUCGCCGCCAGUGACAAGCUGUGGUUCAUGCUGGAGAUGUACUCGUUCGUGGACUACUUUACGAUACCACCGUCUUUCGUCUCGAUCUAUCUGGAUCGGACGUGGAUCGGGCUGAGAUUCCUUCGUGCCCUACGACUGAUGACGGUUCCCGACAUCCUCCAGUACCUCAACAUUCUAAAGACAUCGAGUUCAAUUCGACUCGCCCAACUCGUCUCCAUAUUCAUCUCCGUCUGGCUGACCGCUGCUGGCAUCAUUCAUUUGCUCGAAAACUCAGGGGACCCUUUCGAGUUCACGAAUCCGCAGCCCCUUUCGUAUUGGACAUGCGUUUACUUCCUGAUCGUGACGAUGUCCACGGUAGGAUACGGUGACGUUUACUGCCAAACAAUUCUUGGCCGCACAUUUCUAGUAUUUUUUCUACUCGUCGGUUUGGCGGUGUUCGCCAGCUGGAUCCCAGAGAUCACGGAACUCGCCGCGAACCGCUGCAAGUACGGUGGCCGGUACAAGCGCGAGCGUGGACGCAGACACAUUGUUGUGUGCGGCCACAUCACCUACGAGUCUGUCUCGCACUUCCUCAAGGAUUUCUUGCACGAGGAUCGGGAGGAUGUCGAUGUCGAGGUCGUAUUCUUGCACAGGAAAGAGCCCGAUCUCGAGCUGGAGGGUCUCCUGAAGAGGCAUUACACGACCGUGGAGUUUUUUCAGGGAACCAUGAUGAAUGCCGUGGAUCUAGAACGUGUUAAGGUCCACGAAGCUGAUGCGUGCCUGGUUUUGGCUAACAAAUACUGUCAGGAUCCUGAUGCCGAAGACGCAGCCAAUAUUAUGAGAGUUAUCUCGAUCAAGAAUUACUCCGACGAUAUUCGUGUUAUUAUUCAACUUAUGCAGUACCACAACAAGGCCUAUUUAUUGAACAUUCCAUCGUGGGACUGGAAGCAGGGUGACGAUGUAAUUUGUCUUGCGGAGCUGAAGUUGGGCUUCAUAGCGCAGUCCUGUCUAGCACCGGGUUUCAGCACGAUGAUGGCGAACCUGUUUGCUAUGCGAUCUUUCAAGACGUCGCCGGACACUCAGGCGUGGCAGAAUGAUUACCUGCAGGGCACGGGCUGCGAGAUGUACACGGAAACCCUCUCCCCGUCCUUUACCGGGAUGACUUUUCCCCAAGCCAGCGAAUUGUGCUUCACAAAAUUGAAGCUUCUUCUACUGGCCAUCGAGAUAAAGGGCGAGGAAGGUGCUGACAGCAAGAUUUCGAUUAAUCCACGAGGUGCCAAGAUCGCUGCCAAUACUCAGGGAUUCUUCAUUGCUCAAUCAGCCGACGAGGUCAAACGGGCGUGGUUUUACUGCAAAGCAUGCCACGAGGAUAUCAAGGACGAGACUCUGAUCAAGAAGUGCAAAUGCAAAAACUUGGGGCAGCAGCAGCGCUCCUGGGGCCGAGACUUAGUGGCCACAUUCCGGAAGGGCGUGCGAGCUGUUCAAAUGGUUGGAAGAGCAAGUGAAGACUACUCGUACCCAAACGACCAUCAUCCUCCCCCCACAUUCACUCCGCCAGAACUGCCCAAGAUGGUUCACGUCAGAGGUGAGAUCAGUCGCGAACGAGAAGAUCCAAAUGCCAUGAGAAAUCAUCGUAACUCCGUGGGAAUGACGACGAUAAACUCAACGAAGCAAGUUAACAAGGUCAAGCCAAACGUCAACAGAGCUGCUAGCGACAGUUUGACAAGCCCGAAUCAACCGUACAAUCAGAGAUCGCAAGAGGAGUCUGCAUAUCCUGGCUACCGUCUCGCCUACGAAGUCAAAAAACUCAUGCCAACAAGUCGAGCUUCGGGUGGUGCCAAUGUGAAUAACAACGGUGGCCUCCAGAUAGGCAUUGCCGACGAUCAAGCAAAAGAUUUUGAUUUCGAAAAGACAGAAAUGAAGUAUGACUCGACGGGUAUGUUUCAUUGGAGUCCUGCCCGAAACCUCGAAGACUGUAUACUUGAUCGUAAUCAGGCGGCAAUGACAGUACUUAAUGGUCACGUUGUUGUAUGCCUAUUUGCCGAUCCCGAUUCGCCUCUUAUUGGACUGAGAAACCUUGUCAUGCCAUUACGAGCUUCCAAUUUUCAUUACCACGAGCUUAAACAUGUAGUGAUAGUUGGCUCUGUCGAUUACAUACGACGGGAGUGGAAGAUGCUGCAGAACCUGCCCAAGAUUUCCGUUCUUAAUGGUUCACCAUUAAGCCGAGCGGAUCUCCGUGCCGUAAAUGUAAAUCUAUGCGACAUGUGUUGCAUCCUGUCGGCAAAAGUGCCUAGCAAUGACGAUCCAACCCUCGCCGACAAGGAGGCCAUUCUCGCGUCCCUAAACAUCAAGGCAAUGACCUUCGACGAUACAAUCGGUGUACUGAGCCAAGUUGGUAGUCCGAUUGUUCUACAGCGACGUGGUUCAGUUUACGGUGCUAAUGUACCAAUGAUCACCGAACUUGUAAACGACAGCAACGUGCAGUUCCUUGAUCAGGACGACGACGAUGAUCCGGACACGGAGCUUUAUUUGACACAACCGUUUGCCUGUGGCACUGCCUUCGCUGUCAGCGUACUUGACUCCUUAAUGUCAACGACAUACUUCAAUCAGAACGCGUUGACUCUCAUACGAUCGUUAAUUACCGGCGGAGCAACGCCCGAACUCGAAUUAAUUCUAGCCGAAGGGGCAGGCCUUAGAGGUGGUUACAGCACUGCGGAUAGUCUGGCUAAUAGGGAUCGAUGUCGCGUCGGUCAAAUAUCGUUAUACGAUGGGCCAUUGGCUCAAUACGGAGAGGGAGGCAAGUACGGUGACCUCUUUGUCGCAGCAUUAAAGUCGUAUGGAAUGCUGUGCAUUGGUCUGUACAGGUACAGGUUUCGUGACACAAGCUCUUCUUGCGACGCAUCCUCCAAGCGUUACGUUAUUACAAAUCCACCCGAUGAUUUUACUCUCUUACCCACGGAUCAGGUUUUCGUACUGAUGCAGUUUGAUCCGGGCCUCGAGUAUCGACCAAGUCGUGGUGCGCGUGGAAAGGACGACGCUUCCUGACUGUUGCUGUGUAGCGCCCUAACCGAUGGACCAUAUUCCUACAUCUAAUCGAGCGUAGGGGACUGUCGUGCCACCCCAAUCAUCUGUAAGUUUUAACCCUCAUCAUCCUCCUCGACCGAUGGAAAGUACGUACAAAAAACAAGAACAAACAACUUCCGAGCAAAUCCUUUCGUUGAAAAAGUACGAAAGCGAUCCAUCAUGAUCCUGCUGACGUAAAUACACGGCGAAAUGGAAAAACAAAUCAUGUUUCGCUGCCUUGUCAAUUAUCUAUCGCAAUAAACGUAUUCGCCUGGCACAUCACGAGGGAAUGAGUGCCAACUGUUGAAGUUCAAAAGCUUUAGAAACAAACGUGAAAAAAAUCAUUUACCGAUUUCUGAAAUUCGUUUCGAAGACUGACUGUCCCAAGGAUUCCUCCGAAUCGUAUUUCAUGAGAUAUAAAAAAAGAAAAACAGCUCGUUUUCUUCAAAUUAGCGACCAAUUAUACAAAUGCGAAUGACUUUCGAGAAGAUGAGAGAAAAAUUUAAAGCGAGCGAGCCGAAAAAUUUAGAGCGAACAGCAAAAAGAGGAGGGUGAAGGGGAAGUUUGGAAGUGGCACGAUGGAGUCUGGUCCGAGGGUUGCUACACGAGUCAUCCUUAACUCCUAAUGCCCCCCUUGUCCCGCACCUAUAAGAAAAAAGUAUAUACUGAGGAUAUGCACGAAUACGAAGAUGAUAAGACGUUUUCUCGACCCCCGUCACUCCCUCAACCGCGAGAAUAUUGUCAACGAGAGCUGCUGCGCAUGCACACUUCGAAACGCUUUCGGAUAGCCAUCACAAGAAAGAAGAAGAAGAAGAAAAUGAAGAAAGAAGAAAAAAAACAUCGUUUUUACGUGAAAAAAAAACCCUUUGAAAGUGGCGUUCGAGAGAGUAAGAAGAAAACAAGACAAUCGUGUUUUUUCAUAUACGCGUACUUUCAUCCGUUGAAAGAGCGUAUAUGGUUUCAACUUAAGGAAGAAAAAAGUGUUUCAUCCCUCAGCUCAUGAUACGACAGUGAACUCUCAUCUUGCUUAGCAAGGGUGGAAAACUGACAUCAUUCAAAUAAUAUAUAAAUCUAAAUGAUAGAAAAAACAAAACUGAGGCGAGUUGCUUCGUCUCUCAAUGAAAUUUUUGCCCAAGUCCCUAUCUUCGUUUAGCUGAUACACCCGUAGUGUUCGGCAGUUGGUGUUACGCGAGGCAAAGAGAAGCGAAAAUUUCGAGAAAAAUACGAAACGAGCGAAAAAAAGAUAAAUAGAAGAAAAGAAAUGUAGACAUCGACAAACAGCGAGAAAAUUUGGUUAUGGCCGCGACAAAUGUGAGAGUGCGGGACUUUGCCAACGUAAUGUAACCUCGUGUGUCUUGUUUACGAUAUAAAAGGACAACAACCGCAAAGACAUAAAAAUUUAUCACAUAACAGAAAAUUCUGAAUCCAAGCACUUUGUACAGAUUCUAUAAAUGAUAACAGGAUAAACGAAAAAAAAAAAACAAACAAACAAAGCAAAGCAAACGUAUGAAAAAAUAAAACAACAAAAAACCCCCUUUUCCACACAACUUUGAGUAUAUCGUGUGUUGUAUGUCGAUAUGUGCAUACUCGCAGACGUUGAACGAUUAAAAAAAAAAAAAAAAAAAAAACGAACGAAAAAACCAACAAACAAACGUUAAAGAAUAUGAAUGCACAUGUUCAUCACACAUACGUACGUACUGGAUAAUUAUACAUAUUAUACAUAUGCGUAUGAAUAGGUCACCCUCUCUUUUAUAUAUUUUUGUGAAACUCACAUGUGUAUAUAUACGACGUACGUACUAUAAAUGAUUAUAUAAUAACAAUAAUAUUAAUAAUAAUAUGAAUGAUAAAAUAAAUAAUAAUCAAAUAAAAAAAAACGUAAAAGAACAUUAAAAAGGAUACACAAACACAGUACAUGAAUAUGCGUUGCAACAGUGCGAAGAUGAUCACGACACGACACACGCACACAAUGCACAUACACACACACACACACACGGACACACUCAAACACGAGAGAAACGAAGGAAAUAAAAACGAAGAAAAAUAUACAACACGUAAAAGAAAGGUGGAGCGUGUGAAUAAUGUUUAACAAAACCAUGAUUGAUUAAUGAGUUUUUGAAAAAAUGAAAAAAAGAAAAACCAAGGAAAAAAACAAAAAAAAAAUAAAAGACUAGUUGUGGUAGACGCUGCCGUGUUCGUAUAUGCAUAUAACGUGUAUAUCUUGCUCCGCCGCUGCGCUGCUGUGCCGCCGCUGCUGUUGCAAUGUGCACGUGCACUGUUCACUGCCACCCGCAGUUCGUGUUAUUAAAAAAAUUAAAAAAUUAAAAUUAAAAGUAAAAAAACAAAAACAGAACAACUACAUCCCACAUUGUACUGUAUAAAUCAUUUAUACGGAGGAAAGAGAUAGAUAGAGAGAAAGAUAGAAAGUGUAUGAGGAAGAGAGGGAGAGAGACGUAGAAAAAUAUCGAUUUGCGUUGCAAGAUAAAACGGAGAGUGAUUCAUUUUGGAUGUUCAAUUGAUUCCUGUAAACAUCGUAAAUCACACAGAAAAAAUCGAAGGUUGUCACAGAUGCAAGUACGUAACAACCAAAAAAUAAUCCGUUGAUUUUCGUUUUGAAAGUAUUAUUCGAGAUUCAGCAUCAAGAAUGAUGACACAGAAAAAUAAUAACCACGUUUUCUAUUCAAUGAAUAGCGCCUCGACUGACUCUAUAAAUAUUCGUUAAAAUUGACGUUUCAAAAAACUUCCACAUCCCGUUAACAUUACGCAAUUUUUCGAACUCUCUCCCUCUCUCUCUCUCUCUCUCUCUCUCUCUCUCUCUCUCUUUCUCUCUCUCUUUCUCUCUCGUUCUCGCCUCAAUGAGGGGAAGAGAAAAAGCGAAAAAUUAUACAAAUUUGUGCAUUAGAUUUGUGCAAGUCAUUCAUUAAGUCGUCGAAAGCCUUGCUUAGAGUUUUAGAAUGAAACGUGGUUGCUUGUGCCACGUUGAGUCCACGAUGCAUAUAUAUAUAUGAAUGAGACAUAUAUGAUCGCGAUCUUCUCGUGGAGAAACCGAAAAAAGUGAAUUUUCAUCGAAGCUCGUACUUUCAAUUUCUUUAAUUAUUAUUAUUUUUUCUAUUGUAAAACAAAAAAGAAAAAAUAUCGUAGAAACGAGAGUCCAUUGCACAAACGAUGUUAAGUAAAGCUAUUUUUUCUUUAUUUUCAUGACAUGAAUUGAACGUUUGAAAGGCUGUAAAGAAAAUGUCUUCAUUGGGGGAAAAAAAGAAAAAAUAAAUCAUCUUCUCUUCGCGAAGAUCAUAAAACGAUCGCGGCUCGACGGGGUAUAUGACAAUCAUUAUGCGCACUCUCUUAAUAAUUAAAUCAUGCACCGAGAUCAAUUGAUUCAUUCAUCCCCUUCGUCAUGUUUCUCUUUUGUGCAUUCGCGUGUAUGUAUGCUGUGUAUCGACGUGCAUGUUUCCGAAGUAAAAAAAGGAAUUAAGACUCGUAAAAAACGAUAAAGAAAAACCAAUUCACCGAUCGACGAAUAACGCGCACGUGGGUGUGCGUGUGCAUGUGUGUGUGCGCGCGCGAAUGUGAGUGAGCGAGUGUGUGCGCCCUCGAAUGAAUGUGGAAAAAAAAACGGAAAUAAAUUUGAUGGUUUUCGAGGUUGCAGAUAACAAAAUAUAACGAGGCAUACCAAAAUACAAUCGGUUGAUAAACGAUGUCGGGCUUUAAACAUGUAUAAACAGAAGAAAACCGAAAGAAAACAAAAAAAAAUAAGGAAAUAACGAAAACGAAAAAAAAAAACACACACACACACAAAACACAAAAAUAAUAUGAAAUUAAUGGCGCGCAGAGCGUUCGCCCACCUUCAAUGCCUCAUUGACCUCAUCUAAUGCUUUUUUAUCUGUACAUUUACAAUUUGUGUACCAAUGAGGAACGUUGUUUAAUCAUGUUGUUGAUGUUAUUGUUAAAGAAUGAGAUUCAAUAUUGUACAUAACUAUAUAUUCAUUAUAAUUGAUGAUAUAAAUAAUUAUAUACAUAAAAGUCAGCCUGGAAAAAAAAACAAACUUCUGUGUCCCCCGCGUGUUUUCAGGAUCUAUGUGCAAUCAUUCUCACCCUGCCCCCCCCCCCCCCCCCCCCCCCCUAAACCUGCCAAUGGAAAACUCGGGGGAAAAACAUAAGACACUUUUUUUUAUAAGCAAACCUUCGAAGCAAGUUACGAUGAAAGAAAAAAACGCAAACAAACAAAUCAACAACAAUGUGUAAUGUGAUUGUUAUUGUGUAAUAAGAGAGAAGGAAGAAAAGAAUUCAAAAAUUAAUGGGUUUUUUGAAAGUA